GUUCAAAAAUAAAUCCUUCAAAUCUCAAUUUAGAAAUGCAUUGAGUCUCAGAUAAAACGAUGAAAAAUAAUGUUUUUCGAGCCUCUGAAUUAUACGUGCCUGGCUGCUUAACUUCAAUUAUUUGUCUAGUUGAAGGGUGAAGAUGAAGUUACCUCCGACUGUGAUGUGUGUCUGUACGUAUCGUAUUCAUUUCUGAAAAUACUUCGUUAAGAGUUUUCUCAAUUACUACGUAUGUAGGUGAUAACUAGGUACUUAUGUACUUCGAUGCAUUUACCAUCGCCAUUUUACCUAACGUAGUUUAGUUUGCCCCUUCAAUUUUUUAAAUAGGCAACUCAACUAGCCAAGGCCAAACAUAUUGUUAUUUUUGGUAGGGCUAUGGUAGCCUGGUAGGGCUUUUUUUGGUAGUGAUAAGAAAUGAUAACAGAAGUCCAUUUCUUACCAUUUCUUCUCUCGGAAAUUCAAAUCGUAAAAAUAUGAGAGGAUUCUCUUCUGUCUAGCGAAAAUCGAUUGCUACCUUUAGCUAUGCUGUUCUGUCAUCUAUCAGUAUCAAAAAAUACAACAUUAUGAUGCAGUACAUUUACAAAUAUGAAGACUCAAUGCGUCAAUGUGAAACUUUACUCACUGAAAACUUCGCUAAACUCUGCAAAUAUUCGAAGUGUUUUCUACCACAGUCAUCUUCGAUUUCAUCAUCCGAGUCCACUGAACGAGAUAAGGAUGAAUACGAAAUUAUGAAGAAUAAGCUUAACACAGCUCAAGAAAAUAUUGCUACGUUAAAAUCAGACUAUAAUGAUUUAACUCAACACAGUUUCAAGUCAAGUUCAAUUGGAAAUAAUUUCAAGGAGAAGUUUUUCAAUUACUUAGCUCGCCAAGAAACAUUGAGAUUGAAAUUCAUCGAAACAAUCAACGUGUGCAAACAAAUAAAUUCAAAUUUGGAUAAUAUUCUACGCGAUCGUUCCAAUGAAGCUGUGAAUAAGAAUUCUAUUCAGAAUGCUUCACAAGAUUCUGAAGUUGAACAAAAUCGUUCGAAUAGAGCUGAUGUAUUCAAUUUGUCUUCAAUUCCCAAAGUAUAUGUUUUACUGCCAAAACUCGAUUGGGACUAUGGUGAUCCUCUUACUUUGGAUGGUCAUAAUUUCGAGACAUCGUUUUCAAAUGAGCACAUUGAAGAGUUAUGUACCUCUCCUGCUCCUUCUGCUUCUGCUUCCAAAUCGCUAGAAGUUUCAUCUUCAGAUCUGAAUAGCGAUGUAGCUGUGAAAAAAUGCAAUUCAAAGACUGUUUUAAAAAUCAAAAAAUUGAAAAAUUCGGCCUAUUUGAAACGAAAUAAAGCUCCUAAUCUCAGUAAAUCGGUGGUGUGCAAGAUUUGUCAUUGGAAUGCCAGUAACAAAGGGAAUAUGAAAAGACAUAUGUUUUUGCACAAAGGUUUAAAACCAUUCGAAUGUGCCGAUUGUGGUAAAUCGUUCGCAAGGAAGGACUAUAUGAGACAACAUAUAUUUUCAAUGCAUUUGCCCUAUCAAAGCAGACCAUAUAAAUGCGAUACUUGCAACAGAUUUUAUUUAUGUCGGAGCAAUCUGAACUAUCACAGAUGCUCAACAGUUUCAGAUCGUCGCCAAUCUCCGGUCUGCAACACUUGCGGUAAACAUUUCAGUCUCCGAAGUGAUCUCAAAAGACAUAUGUUAAUUCAUGAAGGUGUGAAACCGUUCAAAUGCGCUGAAUGUGGGAAAUCAUUCAGAAGAAAAUCUCAUAUGAAUCUACAUAUCCGUCGACAUCAUUCUUCCUAUCACACCCGACCGUAUAAUUGCGACAUUUGUGGAAAACGUUUUGUAGCUCAGUUCCAUCUAAAUACUCACAAACGCCUUGCUGGACAUUAUUGCUCUUCAAAAUUACCCAAAUUUACGUCAGCAAUUGUAGAUGAUUGUGAAACUGUUGGGGAACAUGUCUCGAAUACUGUUUUGGGUGCCAAGAAAGUUGAAAAAUUGGUGUCAUCACAACGAAAGAAAAAAUCAAAUUCGAGCAAUCCUUUCGUUUGUAACAUUAGUGAUCAGAAUUACAGCAGGCGAGAUCAUCAGGAAAGACAUAUGAUUUCGCAUGAAUUUUCAAAACCAUUUAAAUGCGCCGAAUGUGAUAAAUCUUUUGCAAAAAAAAAUUAUGUGAGACGACAUAUAAUUCUGGUGCACAUCAAUGAUCAGAGAUCUCUUGACUCUCAUUAUUACUGCGCGCAUUGCAAGUAUCGAUGCCAAUCCAAAGAACGCUUAGUUUAUCAUAUCAAGGAAAACCAUAUAUCAAAUUUAAGUGUUAAUGAAAUUAGCUGCACCAUAUGCGGAAAAACAUUUAGAACCAUGGGUAGUAGAGCAUACCACGAACGAUGGGCUCAUGUCGGAAAAAAAUGUUUCUGUUGUACGAAAUGCGGUAAUCGCUACAAGUACGCUAGUAGUCUUGCACAACACUUGAGAUUUAAACAGUGUAUGCCCAAGUAGUGCAUUUGUAUGAAUAAUUUUUUUCCUUGGUGACUGUAAAAUUGCCCUCAACUUCUAUUUUAAUACGACAAAUUUAUCGCUAUGUCGCAAUAUUUUUAUUGUUUCUCAAUUAUUAAUCCAUGUAUGUACCUCCUUAGUGUGUUCAUUUUAGCUAUUAUCAAAUUGCACUGUUGUCAAUUUGUCAUUAAUUACAUUUUUUUCAUUUUAUAGGCUUUCACAUUGAUAUUUUGAUUUCUGGUGAAUUUUUGAAAAAUCAGAAUUGAUUAUUUUUGACGAAUAAUGCCUUUAAAAUUAUUGUUAUGUAUUCUUAUUCAGUGAGAAUGAUCGGAAUUAGUUCUGAAACCAUUAUCAAUUCCCUCAAACCAAGUUUCACGAUUUCCGGAUAUUCUGGAGCCUCUAGUGCAAUUUUUAAUCGCUCCAGAAUUUCACUCCAGAAUUCAGAAGGUGUGGAUAUCAAUUUGACCGGCUAAAAAUCGAGAUGUUUGUCCUCGACCUGUUCAAAGGAGUUACCCUCGAUUGAGCCGAUUUUCAGGCGGACGCCUCAUGUGCGUUUUUGUAACCAGGAUAACUUCUGAAGAAAAAAUUUAAAAAAUCAGUUUUUUCACAUUUUCUGUGUGUUGGGAAAUUCUGAAAAUUCGCACGAAUGGCUGUAUCCUGACUAAAGAGUAAAACCAACUCUCCGAAUCCAAAAUUUCUCAAUUUUAAGGUAUUCUUAAGCCUCUAGCAUGUUUUUUUUGGUGUGUUCUCCAUGCAUUGUAAAAUGUCUCCAGAUGGAGUAUGUAGAAAUGAAUCUGGAUGGCCUAAAAUCGCAAUCCUGCUUAUCCUCGAUCUAAUUAACGAAUUUAUCAACAUCUGAGUUGAUUUCCAGUCGGAUACCUCAAGUGGAUUUUUUUGAUAAGCAUUCUCCACUUAUACCUAUCAAAAAUAAUAAGUUGUUCAAAAAAAUGCGUGUAAAGUCGGAAGUGUUUGCUUAGAAAUGGACUCAAAUGUGAAUAAAUGCUGAAACAGGUUAAGUCUGAACCACAACUUCAUUUUUAACAGCCCAAAUUGAUUUCAACUCCUUCUGGAGAAAUUUUAAAAUCCUAAAGAAAUCAAAAAUCACUCUAAAGGCUUCCAGAAUGGUUCGGAAUGGUGAAAUCCGGUUCGAGGGAGUUGAUAUGGUUUCAGGACUGAUUUCCAUCACAAUGUAACGUAACUAAUUUUCUGCUAGCCCCCCUCCUUCUGUCUUCACAAGAAGAGAUGACUGGCAAAAAUCAAAAUAGUUCAAAAAUCUCCGAAAAGACUAUAAUUUUCAAUUUUUUAAUUUUAUAAUUUUGAAACAGUUUUUAGAUUUUUUUUUUCGUAAUUUUCUUACGAGCAAAAAAUUAAAAAUAAACAGCGAUUUUUGAUGAAAAAAAAAACGUUGAUUUCUUUUUAUGUAUUAAAAUAAGCAAUAGGUAGAAUAUAAAAUUGCGUUCAAUGGAUUAAUUCAAUUCCACUAUACAAACAUUCACAAGAAUGCUGAGAUGAUUUUAAAAAAUUUCUAAAGUAUUUAUAAAUUAUUAGAUACCCAACGAAUUUGUUAGAUGUAGGGUAGGUACCUAUAGCUAAUUGGGAACACGACGUUUUUCGAUACCUAUAAUCUGGUGUAAGUACAUAUUUAACGAUGUAAUGUAAUAUUAAUUUUCUGCUAGUCCUCGCCCAUCCUUACCUCUCAAAAAAAGUUGACGAACAAAAAUCACCAAAAUUCAAAAUAUCUCCAUGAAGACUGAAAUUUUCAAUUUUUAAAUUUUAUACAAUUUUGAGUUUGAAGCAGUUUUCUUUUUUGUAAUUUUCUUGGUCAAUUUUUGAAUCUCUAACUGUCGUGAGAUCUACCUAAAACAAAAAAUUAUCGUUUUUUAAAUUAAUUUUUUCGUGUUGCCUUGAAGAGAAUAUAGGUAUAUAUAGUACUUACUGUACAUACAGAGUACAUCAAGUUUGACAGAGAGGAUAAAGGAAAUACAUAGCAUACUUAUUUAAUGAGUAAUAUUUGAUAUGGUAUCUCCAUACUUCCACAGCAAAAUGAUUAGUACUGCCAAUGAUCUGUAUAUACGUUUUUAUUUACAGUAUUCAAAAAUUAUCAUAAAUUUAUUGAUGCAUGUAAAUAUAGGUACUCGUAAAUUUUGCAUUAAAGAUACAUACGUUUCAUGAAAGUGAAAAAGCUUACCUACCUAUGUUUUUUGGAAGAAUAUUUCAUAAGUUUCAUGAACAUAAUAUUGGUAAUAAUGUCUAUAUUAGGUAAGUAAAUACCUAAAUUCGUACAUAUUAAUGUAUCAUUUUUUCCUUCAAUCUGUUGUCCAUUGGCAAUUAAAUUCAUAAGGAUGUAGUUAUACCUAGAAAUUAAACUCUGAACUCAUGUUCACUUAGUAUUCACAAAUUCACAAUUCCACCUCAACGUACAAUGCAAUAAAAAUGGGAAAAUCCAUGUAUUAUUGGGAACAAAUCGAAUACCUACCUCGAGAAAAUGCGAGACACAAAUUAAAAACAACCUGCCAUCAUCAUUCGCUAACAUACUUAGUUAUCUAUGAUGAAAAUUUCCUACUAAAAGAUUUUUCUUUAAAUUUAAAACGUAAUGGUCACUUGUCACUUUUAACACAACACAAGUUGUGACUUUCAGACUUGUGAUGAUAGUGAUGUUGAGACUGAGGGCCAUAUUCAUAGACGUUACUUAAGGGACACUUGGCUAAGUGGUGAAUUUUGAAGCAAUUUUUCCAGGCGUGUCAGAGUUGGCGCGAUUCGAAUCGCGUGAAAGAAUCGAGAAAGAAUCCGAUUCUCACGAUUCGAAUCGGAUUCGAAUCGCGGUUCCCCAAGUCAAAAGAAUCGGGAAAUGCAGGAAUCCGAUUCCCUUUUAUAGAGAAUUGCACCGCCUCGAUUCCCUGCGAUUCCUUGCAGAUGUUUUUCACGUGUUAAAACAGUGAAAUGUACUGUUUUUAAUGACUUUUAAGUGAUGCAUUUGCAUUUUGUAGCUCGGGACUGAUGACAUUUUUUUAAAGGUUAGCUGUUGUGUGAAAAUAUCUUGAAUCAUCGAUUCUAUACAGUGAAGGAAUCGCGCAACGUAAGAAUCGGAUUCAAUUUAAUGGAGAAUCGUGCCUUCUCGAUUCCCUGCGAUUCCCUGUUCACAGCAACAAACAAAAGAAUAGAACAUGCAAAAUGAGCAUAUACCAAGUUGGGGAAAUUACUCAUUUCAUUUCAGAUUCAUUUGUGCAGUC